AUGUCAGGCGACUACCGCGGACGUCUUAUCGCGUUCUACUCGUACUAUGCUCCAGAGAAGGUAGGUAACGUGGAUGGCCAGUUGGUGAAGUACGAGGGUCGCGAGGAGCAUCUCCUGCAGGCACUCGUCAACAAGUACGGCCCCGAGCCUGCGGAAUCAACGGAAAACGACGGCAACGAGAAAAAUGAUAACACCGACGGUGAUUGGGACCAGUAUGAUUGGCAGACGUACUACCACCAGCGCCUUAUCAAUUAUUACUCUACGUACGCCCCUGAGAAAGUGGAAUCUGUUGAAAGAGUGCUUGCGAAGUACGCAGGACGCGAGGAAGAGCUGUUUGAGGCCUUGGUACGCAAAUACGGACCAGAGCUGGAGUACGACGGCGUAGACGAGGAAAAUGUGGAGCAGGACAGUGUGAUUUCGUCCUACCGCACACGGUUGUUGGCGCUGUACGAGGCAUACGCACCUGCUAGGACGGGCAAUGUGGAUGCACAGCUGGAGAAGUACCGGGGCCGUGAGGAGGAGCUCAUCGCUGCUGUUGUGAAGAAGUAUGGACCUGAACCAUCUGAACACGGUGAUGCCGCUGCAGAUUAUCGCAGCCGCAUUGUUGCCAUUUACGAACGCUACGCACCUGAUAAGCUGGGCAAGGUGGAUGCACAGCUGGAGAAGUAUCGUGGCCAGGAGGUGGCGCUUAUCGAGGCACUUGAGCGAAAGUAUGUGCACGGCACUGGAUCCCUUGCUUCCUCUCUGAAUGCCAGUGGGUGUAUAUCACCUAAUGCGGUGACAUCUGAAGCUGCCUUCCACAAGACCGUGUUGGCAGAUGCUGUAAUACAGCUUAUGAAGGAAGAGACAUCUGCUCGCAUCGAAGUGGCUGAUAGUUCCGCCUCACCCCUGAGUGUUGUCUAUUGGGCUGCUGAAUUGGCGCAGCGCAGCUUUGUGGAGCUGCAGGAGCAUAUUGCAUUCGUUGCUCUUUCUGAGGAGUUUGGGCGCCUCCUGCUGGUGAUGGAGGAGACGGUGAAUCAUCCCACUUUAGUGCACCCACCAUUUCCUUUUUCGGGUGAGAAUGAGUGUGUGGUGUAUAGUUUCUUUGCUUCGCUAGGCACGACGAAGAUAGGCGGCGAGCUCCUCAUUGACUCCGCCGUCUGCCGCCUUCUUCUCGCUGCUGCAGUCUGUGAUGACAUUUCACCAGAGCCACUGGAGAAAGUUGUCUCUUUCGAGCGCUUCCGCCAGCUGUUGACACGCGGGUGUCUCUGUGAAGCCGACGCCGUGGCAAAGAUGCGUGGGUUUCUGCUGACGGUGAAUCGAAGGACGCGGCCGCAGCGGCUGAACCCAUCAAGGGAGCUGCGUGUGGGCUUCUGGGCGCACAAGUGUGUGCGUCCAUGCGUCAUGGAAAAGUGGGACCGUGUGUGGGUCGCGCUUGACGCCGAUACACGGCUUAUUCUGCGGAAGCCGAACGCGCGAGAGCCGGAGAUGACUAUUGCGCUGAGCCGUGUGCUCAAGUGCCGGCUGGCUUCAAUGCUGCAGACGCAGGCGCCGCGUGCUUGCGCCAAGAAUGGACUCUAUCUGCAGCUCUCCGUCGGCCCCAACCCCAUAUUGCUGCUGUUGUGUCCCCAGCGCGUGGAACACGCACAUGCGCUUGUUCGCUUCUUUCGUAGAGGCCUUAAAGCAGAGUCUACAGGUGCCGGGGGAAGUUCCCCCUCACCUGAACGAGGGGCGAAAGAACACAACGGUGGCAGCUGUGAUGAUGGCAAGGCAGCUCGCAAUCCUACGUGUGUGCUAUAUGCGACACCCGUAUGGUGUUGCCGCAGCGGAUGCAGCAAUUACAUUCGCUCAUUUUGGCUCAUUGUGGGGGACCACAUAGUGCACUACGCCGAGGGCGAGCAGAAGCGUUACUCGUGGAGCAUGACGGCGGUGAGGGACGUCUAUAUUGCCAACGAGCUCGCGGUGAAGCCACCGCUGGGGUUUGCCAGAUAUGGUUUUGUUGUCUCUCAUGACAACGGAUCGCUUCUUUGCUGCGCUGAGUCCGCUGGUGCUCGAGAUGCGCUUGUGGAUGAAAUGAAGCGUGCGCUGUUCAAACUAUUUCUUCUGUCGAACAAUGCGAGGCUGGCGCCGUCCACUCCUUUGGCGGUCGAGGAGCGCCGCAGCUCGGACGCCCCGGUUCCGACGACGAAGCAGAAGGUGCCCGGUUUUAUCCAAUAG